GUGGCCGAGCUUUGGCUCGUACGACCUCUGGAACCAAACAAGAGAAAGCAGUUCAUGAAGUAUGCUUGUCGGAUCACGAUGAACCCCAAAACUGCAAAUUCAGAAGUGAUUCUGUCCAACGGAAACAGGCAUGCAACAGUAGGGAAAAAAAUACAAUAUGACAACAACACAGAGAAGUUUGACUCCUUGCCCCAAGUGCUGUGUAGGGAGGGUCUGUCUGGACGUUGUUACUGGGAGGUUCAGUGGAGUGGGGAUGAUGGGGUUGAGAUAGCAGUGGCGUAUAAAGGCAUCAGCAGGAAAGGAGAGGAUAAUAAUGCCUGUCUGGGAUAUAAUGAGAAAUCCUGGAGUUUGUACUGCUCUCACUCAAUGUAUACUUUUCGACAUAAUAGCGAGACCACUUCAGUUUGUGGACCAUCCUCCUCUACAAUAGGAGUUUACCUGGACCACAGGGCAGGAACUCUGUCCUUUUACAGUGUCUCUAAGGACUCAAUGACCCUCCUCCACCGCGUCCAGACCACCUUCACUGAACCCCUCUAUCCUGGGUUUUCAAUAUACUCUCAUAAAGUUUCUGAGACAUAUUACAACCGCGAUACAGUUAAAGGGUCUACAGUUCAACUGCAAAUUUUACAGUAA